AUGUCCUCAUACGCCAUAACCGGAGCCUCCAAAGGCAUUGGCCGCGAAUUUGUGCGCCUGCUCGCCGCAGACUCAACCAAUACAGUGCUGGCAAUCGUGCGAAACCCUGAAUCAGCCGACAUAUCAGAUCUCGCCUCCAAGCACUCCAAUGUGCACAUCAUCAAAGGCGAUGUCACGGACCCAAACUCCAUUCUGGAGGCGGCCACAGCCGCAGCUGCCAUCACGGACGGCAAGCUCGACGUGCUCAUCCACAACUCCAACGCCGUUGACAUGGAUAGCAUGGCCUCUACCCCAAGCCAAUUGCCAUUUGAUGCUCAAGCGAUUCAGAACAUAUUCAGCCCGUCGCUCAACACAGCUAUCUACGGCGGUAUAUGGGCGACGAACGCUUUCCUUCCCCUGAUCGAGAAGGGAGCGCAGAAGAAAAUCGUUCACAUCUCUAGCGGCAUGGCAGAUGUGGACCUUAUCAAUAAGGCUGGUGUUAGUAGCGGUGUUGCAUAUUCUAUUGCAAAAGCUGGAUUGAAUGUCACGGUUGCGAAGUAUGCGGCGGAACUUGCGCCUAGAGGGAUUAAGGUGUUGGCUUUGAGCCCCGGAUGGGUUGACACGUGGGAGGGGGAGAAACCCGCUGGGGUGGUACACGCGAAUGAGCUCCUGCUGAAGAUGUUUCAGCUAGUUGAGCCUGAGCUCAAGGGGCAGAUCCAGCCCGAGGAGAGUGUUAGGAAGUGUCUCCAGGUGAUUGAAAAUUUGGAUGCUGGGUCUAGCGGGUCGUUCGUAAGUCAUAAUGGGGAUAAGUCAAGGUGGUUUUGA